CAUCCCCAUGUGUGUUCACCCAUCCUAUCACUAACAGCUUUAACUUAAACCCAAGCCCUCAUUUUCUUAAACUAUCUCAACUGCGAACGUCACCCCUAAAGUUGAAAACCCUCUACUCACCCGCCUCAAAUUCAUAUCCUCCAAACCCACCCCGCUUUCAAUGACACGCCUCGCUCUCCUUCCGUAAAUCCAUCUCAAACCUCCCCGCAUGCAUGAGCUGCUGUCUCACUGCGCGCGACCUUAGGAAGCGUCAAGCCCGGCCGCCAUGGCUUCUACCUACGCUCUGCCGUUAAACUCUCCCACGCAAACCCAAACCCACAGCCAUGGACACUCACAUUCACAAUCGCAUUACCUCUCCGAACAUUCCCCAACCUGGACUCGCCGUUCCAGCGACACUUCGACCAUGAACCAUGGUAGUACGUACGCUGGGGGUCACCGCCAUGCCCGCUCCGACCUGAACGGACAACCACGCAACGAUGUCCCCUCCCCUUACGCAGAUAAUGGACCACCCCUCAAUGCGCAUGGCCACGACCGAUCGAGGUCUACAGACACAUCUUUCACACUCCAACCAUUUGUGAAUGGCAAAUCGAGGGGUAGGCCUCGAGGAGACUCGGACUUGAGCCGACCGGCCGCACGUAAAACUGCUGCAGUUAGCAAGUUCGGAUUUGCGCCCAUACAGGAGACGCCGGUCGCACCUCCUACGUCGAGUUCAUGGCUACAAUUGCCUGAGGCUCUUACAGCCUUCCUCGUACCGCUCCCGUUCAUCUUUGCUUCGCUAGCAUACCCAAGCAUCCUCCGCCGGACAGGAACUGGGACCGCGCCGUCUUCCGAAGUCGAAUCCGUGGCUGAACGAUUACUUGAAUCUAUAGGGGAGGCGCCAGGAAAGGAUGCCGCAACAGGCGAUUCCAGGUUGCUCUACGCGUGCACUUUAUCUGCAAUAACACUCCUACUGAUAGGAUCUUUGUCAAAGCUCCGCCAGUUGAUCGAUGAGCCACUAGACAGGAGGAAGUCUUUCGGUAACUCUGACUCCUCGGGGGGCGCCUUGAAUACAAUAUGGAACAUCCACUCUAUGGGACGCGUCGCUUUCAAUACGAUGAGCAUAGUACUACCAUUCUAUGCCACUAUGCAACUGGGUGGUGCAAAGAGCUCCUUCGUACUUCUUGCUGCGACUACUGCUGGAUUGGGGGGACUGGAACACAAGCCGGGCAAGCAUACCGUUCUGGAUUCCAUUAAGCGGACGCUUCGGACGCGGAAAGCAACUUGCAUCAUUUUGGCCGCUGUGGCGCUCUUGGAUAUUUUCACGGUCGCAACCAGUUCAGGCGUUGUCUUUGGCUAUCUCGCAUUAGGAGCCUCCAUUCUAGCAGUGCCCCCACCGUUCCCAACGACUGGAUUUUCCUUGAAGACAGGCCUCAACGGAUCGAGUGGUUCUUCUACCCGGGUAUCUUUGCCAAAGCCUACAUCGCCUCUGAUCAGUACCCCCGAGGACACCCUUCUUACACUGGUUGCUGGAGUGUUUUUGACAAUCAUCACGAUUCUGGUCUCCCUUGGAUCCUCCUCAUCCUCUCCUCUAGGAAACCAUGCCUUGUCAUUUUCCACGCUUUCCGUUGUGUCGUUGAUAGGUUUGGUCUAUUUUGCCGUGCCCUCGGCGUUGCGCUCGCAAAAGAAAACGGGGUUUGCUUUAGGAAGUGCCUUGACGGCAGCGUUCGGUAUCUGGGAACGCCCACAGUCUUGGGAAUCUAAGGGAAUCUUCUUGACAGCAUGUGCUUUAGUCCUUUUGGCUGUUUGGUACGACACAGGAUCUGCCUCUCUUUCCCAUGUACAUUCGCAUGAUCACGCCCAUUCUGACCACGGCCACUCCCAUGCUCACUCUUCGGACCAUCACCUCCAUGGCAACCACUCUAAGCUUUCGGCAUUUCUCAUUGCACGAUGCACACCAGGAUCUAUAAUCCAUUCCGUUUUGAUUGAAAAAGACUCUAGACGGAUUGCGUACUUCGGAGUGCUCAAUCUGUCGUUCAUGGUUGUGCAGUUCUUUUACGGGUUCGUGAGUGGGUCUUUGGGUCUACUUACGGACAGUAUCCACAUGCUGUUUGACUGCGCCGGUCUAGCAGUUGGCCUUGCUGCGGCAGUAAUGAGCAAGUGGCCUCCGAACACCAAAUUUCCGUACGGUUAUGGCAAAGUAGAUACCUUGUCUGGUUUUGCGAACGGAGUUUUCCUUAUGCUUGUCAGUGUAGAGAUCGUCUUCGAUGCAUUUGAGAGACUAGUGGAUGGCGCAGAGCUCUCCAGGCUGAAUGAACUUCUCAUCGUUAGUAUUCUAGGUUUCCUUGUGAAUAUUGUCGGCUUGACGGCUUUUGGGCACGCCCAUCAUGGCCACGGGCAUGAUCACGGACAUGGUCACGAUCACGGCCACGACGACGGCCACGGCCAUCACCAUCACGACAACGAAAACAUGCAAGGCAUAUUUUUGCACAUUUUGGCCGAUGCGCUCGGCUCAGUGGCAGUCAUAAUCUCCACGCUUCUUACGAAAUAUUACGGUUGGUCAGGCUGGGACCCGAUUGCCUCUUGUAUCAUAGCGAUCCUGAUUUUCUUCUCCGCCAUCCCAUUGGUCAAGAGUUCCGGCAUGCGACUUCUCCUGUCUCUACCCGCGGACGUCGAAUACAGCAUGCGGAACACAUUACAGGAACUCAGCUCUCUGCGCGGGGUGGUAGGCUACGCCGUACCCAAAUUCUGGCUGGAGGACGAGGGUGCGGCUCAUGCGGAGGUCCAUGCCAAAGAGCAUGAGGCGUGCGGUCACAAUCACGAUCACGAGCAUGACCAUAAGCACGACCACGAGCACACCCAUGACCACGGCCACGGCCACGCGCAUGCACACGACCACCACGACCACAGUCACAGUCACAGUCACGACCACAAACACGACCAUGACCACGAGCACAACCACCCAGUCGGCCAGCAAAGGGUCCUAGGCGUAAUCCACAUCAUCGCCUCGGGAGCCGCCGACCUCGAAGACGUCCGAGAGCGCACAACGCAGUUCCUCAAAGGAAAAGGCAUGAACGUUGUUGUACAUGUAGAAAGGGAAGGAGAAGGCAAAUGUUGGUGCGGAGGAGGAGGCGGCGGCGGAGUUGGGGGGGCAUCAGCAGCAGCAGGCGGCGGUAUAAAAUCCCACUGAGCGGGCGAGCGAACGCACGAACGCACGCAAUGUACAUUAUAUAUAAACACAUUUCGUCCACAUUCUUGACGACGGGAGUUGGGUGUAUAUUUCAAACGAUGUUCCCAGGAUUAAGGGAGAUAUAGGAGAUCAGGAGUUUUUGGC